CAAAACAGAGAGGGAAUUGUAAGUAUAAGAAUAAGGCAAACCCUGACUGCAGGAGACGGGGGAAGAGAAGAGAAGGUAGAAGGACCAAGGGAGAGGAAAGGGCUGCUCACAUGGAUUUGAAAAAGGAGGUGCAGCAAGUUAGGAGAUGGAGAUAGGAGCCCUGAUCUUGGACACAGAAGGGUCACUGUCAUGUGAGUUCAACAAAUUGGGGUUCCUCUGAGAAUCUGGGAGUUGUGCGAAAAAAAGACGUAGGGAGAGGAAGAGGGCGAUGGAAUCCACUUGUGUCCACAUCUGGACCGAGUCAAAGUCAGGGGCAGAGUGAGGAGUUUUUCAAGUGCUUUAGAAAGAAAAAGACGGGAGUCAGAGUGUGUCCUCUCGUCUGUCCCAGCAGCGUAGUUUGAAUCAGAGCCAGAAAAAGGGAAGGGCCUCCUUCUCCCCAUUUUUUUCUCCUCCUUCUCCUACUCCAGCUGACAAAAACAGCUGGUCAGAAGCUGAGGUUGGAACCCUUUCACAGGACCACAGGACGUGGGAUCGAGAAGAAGGCUUAGAGGUGGAGGAGGUGGUGGAGGAGGAGGUGGACGGACAGAAGAAGAGCAGAAAGAGAGUUGGAAGCAGAAGAAGAAGAAGCAGGACACAUCCAUCCCAGGUCUGGGAUUUUGUCCAUCUUUAUGGGUUGUGUCCUGAGCUCAGACUGGUGCGGGGAGGAAGAGGUGCAGCCGGUGUCGGUGGUCAGAACAUCAUCUGUGAAGAGGAGGAGUCUGGAGAGGAGUGAGAGCGGCAGGAUCAGACUGACCAAGCAGGCUGGAAAAGGCGAGCCUCACGUCUUCAAGGAAAAGACCUUCAAGAAGAAGCGGCAGUGCAGCGUGUGUCAUCAGUGCGUGGACCACGUGGGCUCUUUCUGCAGAGUCUGCAAGACUGCCACCCACAGGAAAUGUGAAAGCAAGGUGACCUCCGCCUGCAUCCCAGUGCUUUCCAAUGACCUGCAGCGCAGAGGGACGGCACCUUCUCGACACACCCAACACCUGGGAUCCACCAAGUCUCUGACCUACACCAAACAGAGAAACACCCUGCCAAGAAGCUUCAGCGUGGACCGGGUGAUGGACAGAGUGAUGGAGCGCCACUAUGACUUCGACCUGACCUACAUCACCGAGAGGAUCAUCUCCGUCUUCUUCCCGCCCAAGCUGGAGGAGCAGAGAUAUCGGCUCAACCUGAAGGAGGUGGCAGCCAUGCUCAUGUCCAAACAUCAGGACAAAUUCCUGCUACUGAAUCUCUCUGAGAAGCGCCAUGACAUCAUCAGAAUAAAUCAAAAGGUUCAUGACUUCGGCUGGCCUGACCUCCAUGCCCCGCCAUUGGACAAGAUCUGUGCCAUAUGCAAAGCUAUGGAGACGUGGCUGAUCUCUGACCCACAACACGUGGUGGUUUUGCACUGCAAGGGCAACAAAGGAAAAACGGGAGUGAUUAUUGCAGCCUACAUGCACUACAGCAAGAUCUCUGCAGGGGCGGACCAGGCUCUCAGUACUCUGGCCAUGAGGAAGUUCUGUGAAGAUAAGGUGUCCUCGUCUCUUCAACCUUCCCAAAACAGAUAUAUCUAUUAUUUUGGGGGCCUUCUGUCGGGGGCCAUCAAGAUGAACAGCAGCCCUCUCUUCCUGCACCAGGUUCUCAUCCCAUCACUCCCAAACUUCCAGGGUGAAGGAGAGUAUUACCCCUUCCUGAAGAUCUACCAGGCCAUGCAGCUGGUCCACACCUCGGGCAUAUAUGACCUUCAGGGCACUGGAGGUCGACGUCUGUGUGUGACCAUCGAACCAGCUCUUCUGCUAAAGGGUGACAUCAUGGUGAAAUGCUACCACAGAAGAGCCCACAGUGCUGACAGAGACACGGUGUUCAGACUGCAGUUUCACACCUGCACCAUCCAUGGAUCCCAGCUCUGGUUUGGCAAAGGAGAGCUGGAUGAAGCCUGUGUGGAUGAGCGUUUUCCAUCUGACGCCACGGUAGAAUUCAUCUUCUCUUCUGGACCUGAGAAGAUUAAAGGUCGUGAGUACCACAAGAACGACCCCGCCGUCACCGUGGACUACAAUACCGCUGAUCCUGUGGUCCGCUGGGAUUCCUACGAGAACUUCAACGAACGUUACCAAGAUAGUCUGGAGGAUAUCGCCCACACCAGAGGUCCUCUAGAUGGCAGUCUCUAUGCUCAGAUAAAGAAGCGUCGAGGCCCUGGCUCCGAUUCUUUUACCUCCACCAACGGCAGCAGCCCAGGGGCAGGUCACUCCGAGGAUAGACACCACCACAUCCCCCAAGGAUCCGACUCUGCCCUAUCAGGUCACUCCAUCCGUAUGAACCAACCAUUGGUGCACUGCGACCACAGGGAGGAGAGCAUUCAUCCACCUCCUCCGACAAAACAGGAACGCGAGGAUCUUGAACGUCUCCUUGGGGGCAUUGAGGGAAAUCCAGACGGGGAGAGGGAGACGGCGAUCCUGGACGACGGAGAUUCUUUACCCUCUGAACGAGGUGGAACACUGAGACUCAGUCGCUCCUGUUCCUGUCGGGAUGGCUAUCGGUCCCAGCGAUGCGCCGAACCUGGAUGCGACCGCACUCUCCUCAUGCCCAACGGUUACUGCCUCGAUCGGGCGCCUGGCACUAACGGCCACCUCGGGGCGAAUCCUUCUCCCAGUCCGAAUCAUUCUUCCCCGCCAUCCUGUCUGGAUCUCUGUCAGCACUACAACCCCCACUCCCACCAGACACUUCCACCUCCAGAUCUGGUGUGGGAUCGACAGAGUGGACCGGCACACUACAUUCACAUGUCCUGCUCGGAGGUGCCCUCACCUCGACACAUGUGCCCGUACCCCACAGCAGACCUUCAUACCACACUCUCUCACAACUCCUCACACCACCACCCGCUGUCCGCCCCUGGUCGCCUCCUCUGUCGAGAAGACGACUACAACUCCUACCACCACCCUGCUGCGCCUCACAGCCACCACCAUCCCCACGGACACCACGCUAAACCCUCCAACUGCCCCGCCUACCACGAUGUCAUGUUAAUAGAUGGUCUACCGCCCCCUGGCUGCCUCUGCAGAGACUGCACCAUCAGAAGAGAAGACUAUCACACCUUAAGGCUAGACCGAGGAGACAGUUUCCACUGGGACCGUGAGGAGGAUCUCAGAAGAGCCAGGGAAACGGAGUUACCCAGAGGCUCGGACCUCCACUGGGACAGGGACCGUGGACCAAGACGAGGCAGAGAGCUGUCCCUCCACUGGGAGCGAGACAGGGAGGUAGAGCUUCAGUGGGAGCGAGACCGCGAGGCCGAAUACUGGCACAGGAGAGCUACUGUAGCCUCCUACGGCCCGCCGGGUCACGAGCACUCUGCGUUCACAUUUGACCCUUUACCAUCAGGUCAUCCCGCUUACCCGGAAGCGUCCAGAUCUCAUGCUCAUUCCCACCUGGACCUGAAGUACAGCAGCAGUAGCAGCGGGUACCAGACACCUCGGCAGGUCUGCCCUUGCUCGCCCUACCAGCCGUCUCCGUCUGAGAGCAGGGGUUACGGCUCGGGGUACCAGUCUGAGUCCACAUCACCGCUGCCCCCAACCUCUGCCAUCACUGGGCCUUGCAGAAAUAGUAAUGGACCGACGGACCAUAACCAGAGUCACCACAAUCACCACCAUCGUCUUCAUCACAACCAUCACCAUCCGGACUCUCAGCAGUCCUACAGCUCAGACUCCCACACCGAUGGUCUUCGGAGCUCCGGCGAGAGUGUGGGCUGGAGAGACCACGUUACUCAUGGAUCCUACAAGAGGCUGGACAGAGACGGACAGGCAGCAUGUUCGACACCGUCUGACAUGUCAGGACCGUCCACUCCUGUCCACACCAGCAGUCCACUGAGAACUAAUGAAAGCCCCAGUCUGGGAGUGAGAGAGUUGGAAAUCCGAACAACAGACAUCAUCAACAGUGACUUUGAAGCCUCCCAGCCCCAGAACAGAAUAUUCCCAGCUGAAAAUACAGCCCGGGAAUCCUCAGAUAACCAAAGAAGUUGCACAGAGUCGCCAGUCAAAGAAAUGCAGCCACACACGAACACGAUUGUACAAACAGAACCUCAGACCUGCUGUACUGCACAGACAGAGCAGACCCUGUCACCCUCCCACCAGCCACACUGUAGUCCAGACACGUCAAACCAGGGACAGGUUCAGGCUCCGUCAUCCGUUGUCUCCGUCCCACCUUCAGCACAGACACAACCUCAACCUCAGACACUUCAACCUUCAGAGGCUGCAGUUCUUCCUCCCCCUAUGGCCCAGACAGUGUCUCAGACCCAGACCCAAGUCACAGACUCAACAUCCCCCAGCAGCAAAGUUCAUCCCGAAGCUCCCAAACCAGCCCACACCCAAACGUCAUCAUGUUCUUCACCUUCACCAGCUUCACCAUCCUCGCCAUCUUCACCAGCCUCACCAUCAGCCAACCAGCUCACUUCCAGCAGAAUGGAGGGUUCCCCCAUCUCUGAGGUUCCUGUUCCUGGGUUUGCCACUCUGGGUAGAAGGUUGUUGUUGAACGACCCUCACCAUCUGAACCAUUACCAGCAGCAGGGACCUUCACAUCUCCCCUACCAAGCAACAGAGCACGGAUCUGCUCCGGACAGGAGACACUUCAGCUCAGGUCCCAGUCCACAGCUGCAGCAGUCCUCCUCCCACUCCAACUAUUCCACCAUCACCAUCCCACUCCCUCAACCCCAGCCUCCCCUGCCUGAGAAGCGUCACCCGACAGUUCAGACUCCCAACGACGGGGCGCAGACACUGAGACCAGCAGUGGGGCACGUGACGCCAUCUACCGGCGCCGCCAACAACCAACACCAGCAGCAUCAUGUCACGUUCUCUCCCACCGUGGGUGAAAUUGCACCCUCUUCAGAUCACAGUGAGGAAGUGACAUCCUUGGAGCCUGAUAAUGGAAACAGGGUCAGUGUGAAGUUUGUCCAAGACAGUUCUAGGUUCUGGUACAAGCCUGGUAUCUCCAGAGAGCAGGCAAUCGCAGCUUUGAAGGAGAGAGAACCAGGUACCUUCCUGGUCAGGGACAGUAACUCUUUUCAAGGAGCUUAUGGCCUAGCCCUGAAGGUGGCGACACCGCCUCCCAAUGUCAACAACCACAGUAGCAAAGUGAGCGACCCCCUGGAGCAGCUGGUCAGACACUUUCUGAUAGAGACGGGACCUCGAGGUGUGAAGAUUAAAGGGUGUCAGAACGAGCCUUACUUUGGAAGUCUGUCCGCACUGGUGUAUCAACAUUCUAUCACACCCAUUUCUUUGCCCUGUGCUCUCAAAAUCCCAGAAAAGGAUCUGGUAGGAGAUGUACAAGAGCUUCUUCAGCCAGUGAACAACAUCAGCACAGCUGCUGAUCUGCUCAAACAAGGAGCCGCCUGUAACGUACUUUACUUGAACUCCGUGGAAACUGAAUCUCUGACCGGCCCACAGGCCAUAGCCAAGGCCACAGACGCCACCCUGGGUCGUAACCCCCGACCCGCUGCCACGGUUGUCCAGUUCAAGGUGACGUCGCAGGGCAUAACGCUCACUGACAGCCAGCGCAGGGUUUUCUUCAGGAGGCAUUACGCAGUGAACAGCGUGACCUUCAGCAGCAUCGACCCCAAAGACAGAAGGUGGACUAACUCAGGCAACAACACUGUUAAGAUUUUUGGAUUUGUAGCCAAGAAGCCCGGCAGCGUGGCAGAGAACGUCUGUCACCUCUUCGCAGAGCUGGACCCAGAACAACCUGCGAUUGCCAUCGUCAAUUUCAUCAACAAGGUCAUGCUGUCGCAGCGGCGGUAAAACCAAAAGUUUUUUGUACAUCUGGUACAAAACAUGUUAACUUUGGCAACAUUGAAUCCACGUCUUCUUUUACAAAAUUGCCGGGGGGGUUCUCGUAUCAGUCUGCAGCUAGAGCACCACCUGCAGGACAACACUUCAACAUCCUUAUAGUUUUGCAACCAAACCACACUACAUAAACAGUUGUUGCGAAGCAGUGUCACAAUACUGCAAACGAUUUACCAUGUACAAAUGCUACUACAGUAUGUCUAAUGUUCAGGGCUGACAUUUCACCAUCAUCACAGGUACACCAUGCUACUGACAUCACAACAGCUACACCGCGUUAGCAACAGUGUUGUGGAGCAUCUUAGCAACUGUUUUUUUGAUGAAAAAACUUUUUCAACACAGGAGUUACAGUUAAAAAAAACACACCACACUUUCUGUUGUAUGCCAGAAGGGGGCGCUGUGAUUAGGUGUAUAUUAGCAAUAGUCCUCCAACAGUCAAGUUGUAUGUUGCUAUAUCCUAAUAACUGCUAAUAAUCCAAAGAAACUUUACACGAUGUAUGACCAAGGAUCAGUUCAUCUGAAUAACCUUCAGGUCAUACAUACUGUUCUCUGAUUGGAUGGAAAAUACUGUUACUGUAUAAAUACCACAUAGCCGCAUUUUAUGAUCAGCAAGGUUAUUUGUAAAGCUUGUAUUAUAAACUCCUGGACCGAGAGUUAAGCUCCUGUCUUGUGGUUAAACAGGUAUAUAUUUUUCUGUACUAUUAAAGAUGGGAUUCUGACUUACAGUAUUUGUUCAAAAGUCAGACUUCAUUUUGACUUCCAGCCCACAAAUACUGCCAACGUAGACCGUAGGCCAUGAUGCUAACUCAUCUUUCUGCCUAAAAGAACCCUGUGAUUGGAUUAAAUGAAAACAUGUCUGUCCCAGAAUGUUGAUACAGAUAAAUGGAGCUGACAAAUGCGAUCAUAUUCACAGAGCUGCAGCCCAUACAUACAGUCCAUACAGUAUGGGCUGUUUCAUUGACCAUUGACUCCCAGGCAGAAACAGCUGUUGGUGAAUACUGUAGUAAAACAUCACUUUAGACAACACUACAUCAGGUGUGGUGCUUGGUGAAUGAUCCAGGUUCUGAUUCUGCCGGAAUGGCAAAAUGAAUUCUGGGAUAUUUCUGCCGACCGCUGUUGUAGCCCGCACUUCCGGUGUGACACAGCCAAAGAUACAAGUACAGCUGGUAGAAAAUCUCUAGUGUCACCUAGAGAGAUGUGUAUGCAAUAGCAGCUUCCACAUAGUGAUGGCUUUAAAAAAAAAUCACUGUGAAAAUCCGACUAUUUUUCAUGUUUUGUUCAGUGUCUUAGUGAGGACUUCAUAACUGUAGUAAGUGAGUGGGAGCUGCACAGGAACUCUCUACAGUAAGGGAUAGAGUGUGAGAUGUUUUGACCAGGGCUGCAAAUGAAUAUCAUUAUUUUCAGUGAUAAUCAGGGAUAAUUCCGAUAUCCGGGCUGCAGGCUGUAGAUGUAGUCAGAUUCGACACCUGACUGUAGAAUCAGAAUCAGUCGGCAACAGUGAGCAGCAUUUCUGCUCCAAACACCUAGCUGCUAAUAAAUGUCGCUAACUAUGUUUGGGCUAACUUUGUUUUAAAUAUAUCUUUACAGCUAUUCAAACAUGACUUUUUUAUUUUUAUUUUUUUUUUAAUCCAAAAGCUAUUCUGACAGAUAUUUCUGUCAAUUUCUUGCUCUCUCCCAACUAUCAUUUAGCUUAAGGUUAGCUAUGUUUUACUGCAACAUUUACUUAAACUAUUUUUUUAAAUGAUAAAAAUCACCUGGUUAUUAUUUUUCAAAUGUUCGGCUAACCAUUUUUUCUUAUCUAUCUUAUCUGAAAAACAAUCUUGAAUCUAACUUGACAAUUUGUCAGAUGCCGUUUUUGACCUAUGGUCUGGAGCCCAGAACAUUUCUCCACUGACUACAGUCAAUAGCAAAUCUCUGUUAUUUAAAACAGUGGUUAUACAUUUACUGGCAUUGAAACAUUGAUCAUACGACUAUUCUUUGCAGCCCUGCAUUUAACCAGAGUGUGAGACAAGUAGUGGCCUGAGCAAACGUGACGCUAGUAAUAAUGAGGACGAUGAUGAUGACGAUGAAGAUUAGAGUAAUUUCGGUUUUAAUGUGUUGCCUGGAGGUAUUGUUACGUUCACUUCUAAAGAUGUGCAUGUGAAUCAGGAGGUAAAAAGUGAGAUGAGUGAAGGACACACAGGUUACAUCACUGCUUCAUUUACAAAAGACAAUAGUCACCAGGACAGUGGCCUGAAGACGACAGGAACCGAACCAAAGACGAAGCACUCUUGUAUUGAUAAGCUUUUUAUGCAGCUUUUAUUUUUUUACUCACGGCUUCCUUGUAUUAUUUGUAUUACUUUGCAUUUACUGUGUGUUUACUUGUAUGUCAUCAACCAAAGUAGAAAAGAACACUACUACUACUACUACUACGUGUAUCACAGCGUUAAUAUAUUGUUGGUCUAUAUUGUUGAUCCCUAUAUUGUGUAGUAAUAUAUUUUCACAUGCAGCUAUAUGACAGUGUAUGCCAAGGAAAGACGUUAUUUUGUAUGCAAACAAAUGAAGAAUAAAUAGAGUGAUAUCACUUGGUACCUGA